GCGGAGCUACGUCGACACCUCCGCCCACCGCUAAACCUCGACAUAAUACUCCGAAGAACUCGGCUAGCACAUAUACAAGAUGCCGGCCUACCACUCCGUCUUCCUCGAUGAGCCAAACCAGCAGCUGAUUGGCAACUUCGCCCUCCUUCCUCUCCGCACACGCACCCGCGGCCCGGCCAUCCAGCUACCGGCUCUCCCCGCCGAUGUCACAGAGCUCACCAUCGAUGCCGCACACGAAUCAUACGACCCACUGGACGAGAUCCUGGCCCUCUUCCGUGCCAACACAUUCUUCCGCAACUUUGAGAUCAAGGGACCCGCGGAUCGAGUCAUGAUCUAUGGCAUCCUCUUCGUGAGCGAGGUACUGAGCAAGAUCAAGCCAAGUAUGAGCAGGAGAGAGGCCGAGAAGUCGGUCAACAACAUUGCUCUCGACAACAACUUCGCGAUCCCAGGUGACGCCGGCUUCCCUCUCAACCAGGCCUUUGAACCACCCUCAGACAGGAACUCGGCGGAGGUUUUGCGGCAAUACAUCAUGCAGAUGAGACAAGAGCUGGCAGCGCGGUUAUUGAACAGGGUGUAUGCAGACGAAACUGGCCUACCGAGCAAGUGGUGGCUGAGCUACACCAAGAGGAAGUUUAUGGGCAAGGCGCUGUAAGGGUUCGUCGCGAUGACUGGGAGAACAAGAAGCAGAAUAUAAACAUCAUCAAGAGAACCCCAACCUUGCAUGUCAAUAUUG